GUAAUGCAACGAUUGUGUAGGGUUGCUUCUCGAGUGUCCUUGUGAGAGUGUGUGUCAUUCACACAGCCCGGCUAGGUGGCGAUAGCAUGUUGAGUGAUGACCGUAUAGGGUUGCGAUGUCCUUCUUUAUCGGUGAGCGCUCGUUGGUUGUUUUGAAGCCGCGGCUGCUCCUGCUGCAGUGCCCUUUUGAAAGCUGCGCGAUCUGUGCAGCCUGCCUCGCCGAAUCUCCCGUGACCUGGUGUUGUCUUUGCCGGCUGAGUUCACGCAGAUGCCCAACUAGGACAGGUUGUGCCAUCAGUCUGCGCAGAAUGAUCCCAGUGAACGCACCCAGAAUCUGCAGGGUAUGCGCAGACUCUGAGCCCAGAGGAAGCGUGACUUCUGUUGUCAGAUCCGGCUGCGGUCACGCAGCUUACAGAAUUUAGGCAGGGUAUGCGUCAUCUGACUUAGAACCCGCGCAGACUCCCAAAAGUCUGCGCGACAUGAAGGCACCCUGACGUCAGAGGCAGACUCCCACAUGCGACGCAGGAUUUUUAGGAGUUACUAGAACGCAGCUUUAACUAGAAGCAGCAUCAUCAUCAUCAUCAUCAUCCCGUUGCUGUGUGACCUGUUCACGCAGAUGGCCAAGUUGGAAAGGUCUUGCCCAGAAUGAUCGCCGUGAACGCACACAUGUUUGGCCAUACCCUGUUAGGAGAUAACUAUUCAUUUGGCCCCUGGAAGGAUUUAACUGAACGCUGUGCAGAUCGGAUUGCGUUACGGUUGUGGGAUUUGGAACUUCGUUUUUGUGCUACAUUUACAUUUUCUUCUGCUAACUUCAACCUGCUAUUUCAGUUAUGAAACCCAACAGAUGUCCUCUGAUAUGCAGAUUUUGCCUCAAACCCCAGGAUAGACUGCCAACUCAUCUGCAGAGCAUGUGCAUGAAAAGAAGUACUAAGGAGCAAAUUGAGGAUGAAGUCAAUAAAGCCAGAGAGAGCAUGACCAAACAUCUUUGGGAAGGCAGGGUGUAUGAGUUUAGCGAGCUCAGAGUCAUAAUUACCAAAGAUGAAGAGCUUGCAAACCUCAUUCAGCUGCUGGAAAGUCAUGGCUGUUUUGUGAGGAAUAUCCCACCAGCAACAAUGGCUGGACAAACCAUGCCUCAGCAGGCUGUAGUACUUCCAACAGCUCCCGAAGAAGAAUAUGAUAAAAUGGAUACUGUCGAGCCCCAGGACCCCCUCAGCCAGCCGGAAACAGGAAAACGCUGGGAUGGAAAACUGAGAAAGAUAAUGAAGGAGCACGGCCUGUAUGAGAAGCACAACACAGAUUCAGACUUGCUAUCCGGAUUCAAGAAAUACCUGCGAGACGACCUUGGCAUUCCACACUGCAAACAGGAGGUUGACAAUGUGGCAAGGUUUCUCUAUUUUAUGGACGCCCAAGAACCUGGGCUGCAGUUUGUCAGAGACAUUGAGAAAACAAGGUCUUUCUUCACCAAACUUUCCCAUAUUGGAUUGAAGAAGCAAACAGUCACCAAUUUCUUGAAAAACCUAAAAAGAUUCCUGCGAUACAUAAUUUACAACACCACCCUGAGCUCUACAGACACCCUUCUCUAUCGCGAUUGCAGGGCCUUCCGGAGUGACUUGAGGGAUCUUCAGAAAUCAAUCAGCAAACAGGUGUCCGAGGAAAUCACUGGGAAAUGCUAUACACAGAUGUCCAAAUCAAGCCAAAAACCAAGAGACUGCCUUCGAGUUCUUCGUGCGGCAAGGAAGGAUUUUUUGGAAGCCAUUGCCAAAGCCACAUUAAAUGAGGAACUGGACAUCUAUCGGUCACUGCUCAUCUUGUACUACCUGCAGUCUCUUUUGAUGCUGAAGUAUCUUCAGAGGGCCGCUGUUGUGAAGAAUAUGAAAGUGUCUGAGUGGUUAAAGAGAGAAGAAUGCGUUUUGACGACAGACGGAGACAGGUCACGCUUUGUUGUCAUUACCGUGAAUAAGCAUAAGACGGUGUCACAGCAAGUGGCAAAAUUUUCAUUAAAUGAAGAAGAGCAGCAUUGGUUCCAUGUAUACUUUACACACAUCCGUACACGUUUUCUUUGUUCCCUUUUAAUGGCUGAAGAUGACCCCAACAACAAAUUCUUCAUUUCAACAAGUGGCAACCCAAUAUACAGUCCGUCCAAUGAUGUGAUGCGGCUCCAUAGAAAAUACAACGUUCCGAAUGUGACAGGACACGUCGCACGGCACGUUUUUGAAAUGGCUCCAAAAUAUGGCUUCACCAAUGAAGAAAAAUGUAUCAUCGCAGAUUACUUAGCCCAGACAAUGGCAACAUCAGAAAAGGACAAACAAUUUGUGCAGCCUGAGAACAUCUGCAGAGCUGCCACUCUGCUGAGCAAGCUUGCCAGUGUCAGAGACUCAUCUGACUCUGACGCAGAAAGCGGAUCGUCUUCCCUCCAUAUAAGGGGUGUUGCAACAUCAGGCACUUGCCCAAAGAUGAGCUUACUGGACACAUUGAAUCUCUUCAUUCAGCAACACCCAGUAUCACUAGAGGGAGAAAUUCCAAAGGGCAAAAUAAGAAAAUUGAUCACCGGAGUGCAUGACAGAAAGUGUUACAAGAAGUGGAGAGGGAUGCAGGAGAAGAUGAGGCUCAAUUAUGUGCUUGCUUACUUCCCCAGACGACAACCAUCGAGCCGUCAGAUCACAAAGUACAUCGAGAGGCAGGGAUGGAAAAACAACAAACCGUCUGUGGAGAAGAUUACUGAGCUUUGGAAGCCCCUGGAAGUACCAGAAAGCAUUGGAGACAAUAAGCACAUCAAGAAGCUGGUGAAAUCACAGAAAUGGAAGGGCCUGCUAAUAACCGAUGGUGGAGACAAGGGCCGUAGAGUGGUCACAACCAGGAAAUUCCAGAAAGGAGAAGUUGUCUGCGAUUACCAUGGAACCACCAUAACAGCGGCAGAGGGAAAAGAACUGAUGAAGAGCGUGUCUGAAGAGGAAAUGGGCUACUUCUUUUUCUUUAGAGAUUCUCAGGGCAAGAAAUUGUGCAUGCAUGCCCAAACUGUUCCUUGUCAUUGUCACCCCGACAGGGACACAUUUGGCAGACAAAUAAACCACUCCAGAAAGAGGAAAAACCUUUAUCCAGAAGUACACGAAAUGGACCUGGGAGAAAUAAAAGAAUAUGUCAUCCUCCUUAUAGCCUUGAAAGACCUUGACGUGAACACUGAACUUUUGUUAGAUUAUGGAAUCGGUAGGACUUCUUUCCUGGGAGAAGGCAGAGACUUGGUGGGGUUAGAUGACUGAUGUAUCUAAAGAAUGUAAUUUGUUUUAACAUUUUUAUACAAUUUUUAAGGGGAGAUUUAGUGGUUAAAUGGCUGUACUUUCUGUAAACAGUAAAAUGUGCAGAAAAAAAAACUAGUUUUGUUUUAAGAGCCAAUAUUUUCAAAUAAUGGAAACAGUACAAUAUAUUUUGCAUGCAUGUAAUGUUGAAGUAAACCCAAUCAACGAUAGAUUUAAUACAAAUCUGCAACAAGGGACAAAGCUUGAAUUCAAAACAUUUCUAAUAGUGGAUUUUUUUGGGCAAUUUUAAAGAUUAUAAUUCUAUAUGCAGAGUUCCCUGUUAGCAAUCUAAAAUGCUCUUCUAAAAACUCCUAGUAACCUGAACUCCACAUAAACUCCAAUUAUAAUCUUUACAGAUUGACAACUUGAUGGCAGAAGUUCCCACCUGUAUGCACAGGGCCCACACAAAGUAUUGUUUACUUUGUACUCCAUCUGAAAGCUAGGUUUAUUUGGUUUGUUUUAUUAGUGGUUGUUUCUUCACCACACUGUAAGAAAAAUAAAACCAACACCAGUUUUAAACUGUAAAUCAAGACUCCAGCCUGAUCAUUUACACUGUCCUUGGCCACUCUGUCACAUUUAUAAUUUAGCAAAAGCCAUUCAGUAGUUUAAAUAGAGUAUUCAAAUGUUAAUGGUGCUCAAUCACUGAGGACAAUACAUCAAAACAAGUCCUCGUGGGUAAGCAGCUUGUUACAUGAUC